AAAUAAAAAUUCAAACGCGCAAUGCGCAUUAAAACAUUGAUAAGAUUAUAGAAAAACACUGUCAUUUCAGAUUUUUCAGUUUUCAAGCAUAAGAACCUGUACUUUGUGCCGUGUUGAUUACUGAAUACAAAUUUCAGUUUACGUGCAUUAAAUAGUAAUUAGUAAUUCCUUGAUUUUAAAAGUUAUCAUUAUUCCUAUUUGGAUGUCAAUUUUCAAGCUCUAGUUUGAAGUAUAAUACUACUCAAAAAUUAUUAAUUAAAAAAUGGCUGCUGCUGCUGAUAUGCGUUGGAAUUGUAUGAACACCAAAGAUGAUUUAUUAAAUAUGUUUUCUAGCCUCGUUGAUCAUGAUAUAAUCGAAAUGGUAAUAGAAAACCGAAAUAAUGAUUUAUUAAUGGCUUAUCGUGACCUGAUGCAGAUUACUGAACCUAUACCAAAUCCCAUGAUGGUGUCACAUGAAAAAGAAGAAGAACUAAUGAACUAUGAUAAAGAUUGUAAUAUUAUUGAAAGUGUCGAUUGGAAAUGUUUGUCACCGCGAGAAUCCCCUAUUAAUCGAAUAUUAUAUUUAAUUUCAAAAGGAUACAAAGUCAUGAUACUUAUGAGAGGUUGCCCAGGAAGUGGAAAAUCGUAUCUGGCAUAUAGUAUUUUAAACCAGUGCUACAACAACACAAAUCCUGAUAAAUAUAUAUUUAGUGCAGAUAAGUUUUUCAUAAAUAAACGAACUGGCCGUUAUUGUUUUGACCGCCACAAAGUAUCAGAUGCUCAUAGAUGGACGUUUGAAAAUGUGGAAAAAGCCAUUAAAUGUGAGACUACUCCAGUUAUAGUUGAUAAUACUAAUAUUGAAGCUUGGGAAAUGGAAAACUAUGUAAAGUUGAGUACUAAUAAUGGUUAUUGGAUUGAAAUUUUGGAGCCCAACACCGAUUGGGCCUGGAACGUAAAUGAAUUGUAUAAAAGAAAUGUACAUAAAGUUCCUUUUAAUAACAUUGAAAAUAUGUUACACCGAUAUGAUCAUACAGUCAAUGUUGAAAUUUUACUAAAAAGAUUCAAAUUAAAGUAUAAUAAAAAUAAUACUCCUCCUAAACAUUCAAACGCAUUCAAAAAGUACCAACUUUGUGAACAACUUAAAAAUGAUACAAAAAAAAUUAGUAAGCCUCCCAUCGAAGUUAACGAUUUAUUUAUUAACGAUCAGUUCAAAGAUCUACUCGUGUCUGAAGAUUCUGCAAACAAUAAAAUAAAUGACAAUUUGCCCACAUUUAACAAAGGCGAUGAAGAUCCUUGGUCUGAAUAUGUGGUAAAUGAAAAAGAUGAUAGUAUUAUUGAAGAGAAAGUAAAUGACUAUUUAUCUGGAAAUUGUUCAGUCAAAAACGAAGAUUUUGUCUCUGUUCUACCUUAUACCAAUGAAGCCAUUAAUGUUGCCGAUAAGUCUAUUAAUACAUAUGAGAAUGACUUCUUAUUCAUGCAAGUAUUAGAAGAAAUUCCAUCAGAGGAAUAUAGUGAUUAUGUUGUUUUUGGAAAAAAUAAAGAUAUUAACAAAGGAAAUGAAAAUGUAUUAACAACAUCCGAUGGUAAACUAGAUAAGGGCACUAUGACUUGUAACUUAGAAGGUUUAAUAUACAAGCCUAAUUAUAAAGAACUACUGAAACAGUUUCCCGAGAAUGUAUGCUCACUUAUAACAGAACUUUUUGAUAAAUGUAAUGGAGAUAUUGAUUGGAUUGUAGAUGUGUUAGUAGAAUCUGGACAUGAUAUAACUAAGCAACAAAUUCAUGGCUUCGUUCAGAAAGAAUACACACCUUUAGUUGAAAGUUCGUUUCAAGAUCAACAAGUUUUUACUGAGUCAAAUCAUGAAGUAAAAGAAGAACAACAGGAUACUGAAAAUAUAGGCGAUUCAUUAAACCAUAAUAUACAUUUUCAAAAAAUACAUGCUGAAAAAGUUGAAGAAAACAAAAAAGGCGUUAAAAAAAAAUGUGAUUCCAAAAAUAAAAAAUUUAAUGCAUUAGACCAACAUUAUGAAGGUGAUAUCUUAAGGAAAAAUAUUGAGAAUAAAUUUGUUUUUGGAGACUCAUUGUACUCAGAACAUGUUUUAAAAAUUAAAAAAUUAAAAGAAGGGCACAAUUAUUUUCAAACUGAUGAUGAUGUGCUACCAACAGAUUUGGAAUCUUCAUCGACAGCUGAAGACAUUGAGAUAAAUGAAAAUAAUGAUGAGAAAUGUGUUCAGUUAGUUGUUGAUACAUCUGUUCUAGCUCAAUUAUGUGAUUAUUUUGGAGACUCAUCAUCAGAGCUUAGUAAAACUACAAUUCCAAUGUCUGUGAGACUCCCUGAAAAGUUUGCUGAAGAUCUUUAUUACUAUUUGAUUGCAAAUGUGCCUACAGAUAUUAUUAAUCAAGAAGCAAUAUUGCAAGAUGAAACAUUGGCAAAAAAAUUACAAGAAGAAUGCAAAGUAGAAAAUCCAGUCAAUGCGUCUACAUCUAGUCAACUAAGUAAAGAAAAUACAUUUGCUGCUGUUUUAUCAAAAAAAUUACUUUCAGAGAAGUAUAAAAAUCUUGAUUCCAGACUUGUUCUCAAUGUAUUGCGUGCAAAAGAUUACAAGUUUCAAGAAGCUAGUGAUGUCUUAAGUGAGGUAUCUGGCAUAAAUUCUGUUUUAAAUAAAGAAGACGAAAAAAUAGUGGAAAACGAAGAUGAUGUUUCUUAUCAAGAAGGUUUAAAUGUAAAUAGUAACCACGAUUACUCGAAUGAAGCAAUAGAACAUGCACACGCAAAACAACAGUUUUUAAAUAAAGCCCAACAAUCAAUUAGUACAAAAAUCCAUCCUGCUGUUACAUCAUACUAUUUAGAAAAGGCAGAAGAAUCUAAACAAAAUGAGAAGUAUGCAAAAACAAAAGCACUAGUGUCAAUGCUUACAAAUAAUGAAAAUGCCCUGACUAUAGAUUUACAUUAUUUACAAGUACAAGAAGCUCUCCUGGUAUUGGAUUUAUACUUGGACAAUCAUAUAACAAAACUGAAAAAACUUAAUGGUUUAUAUAGUAGAGGAAGACAACUGACUAUUAUUACUGGACGAGGGAAACACAGUCCGAAAGGAAUUGCACGCAUCAGGCCUGUUGUUAUUAAAAGACUUCAAAUUAGAUCUUUGACGUAUAUGGAACCUGAAAAACCUGGACUGAUUAUGGUAAUAAUAAAAAAAAAUUCUUUACUCAGUUCGGAACUGUGAAGCGCUAGUAUUAUCGAUAAAUAUUGACAUAAUAAUCUACUUAAUAUUUACAUAUGUGAUAUUAAGUUUUACUCAAAUAUUAAUCAUUAUUGACUGUUUAUUUAAGUGAAAAACUUAUCAUUCGUUUUUUUCUUUUAAUUAGUUAAGUAUAUAAGUGUAGCAUUAAAAAUUUUAAAAUUAAUUUAAGAAUUAUGUGUUUUAUAAAAUUAAGUAAUAUUUCAUAAGUUGCCAUAGUAUAAAUAAGGUUUUAUUAGCCAAUAAGAGUUAUUAUAAAAAAAACUGUACAUAUAGUGAAAAAUAGUAAUAAUUUUUUACUCGUUUUUUUUGUUUCAUUAUUUGUAUAGUUGUUAUACAUUUCCAAGCUACCU